ACUGCAGAGACAACUCUCGCAUCUAUUUUUCUCUCCAUCCAUUAUUAGCGUCAACCCGUUAACAGCGCCUAUAAUUUCUUAAAGCGGCAAACAGAGCGGGAGCAAAAUGUUUACAACACACUCCUUUAGCGCAUGCCCUGUUUAGCUGAUUGAAGCAAACAGAGUGAGGGCGAGUAAGCCCCACCCCGUUUAGAAUACGUUACAUCACAAUUUCACAUUCUUCCAAUGGGUAGUCUGAGACCGGAAGACGACGUGAAGCCCCUGAGCGAACAGCUAGUAGUUGUUCUCUAACCGGAAAAAGCCGUUGUAAAGUCAGUCUGAAGCUAGCAUGAAUGUCCGGGCUUUCCCGUUACUCUCUGGGUCCUAAAGCCCUCCCAGAAAAUAACCUGGUGCUUUACAGAUUGUUCAUAUCCGAUAGCUUGGCGAUCUCAUGAUUCCUGCUUUCAAAUACAGGCGCGACAAACAGGUUUUAAUGUGACUUCAAGAAGUUGGAAAACAAGUGAUGUUUGAAAUCUUGUGGUGCAAACAAUAUUACCUAUGAAAAUAGCAUUGUAUGUUCAGAGAACAUAAAGCAGAAAAUUAGUUGUAAUGGAUUCUCAAGUAAAUUACUCAGUCUCUGAAAUGAAACGGAACUUUGGAAAGACUUUUCUUCACAAGCACAGUGAAGCUGAUAUGGAAACAAAGGAAGAUCUGAGAAGGAAACUCCAUCAAGCCAAGAAAGAUAAGCUUGACAUAACUGCUAAGCAUAAUGCAGAGCUAUCAAACUAUGAAAGCCAGAUUGCAAAACUGCGAGCAGAAGUUGAGAAGAGCGAAGCUGUCCGACAAAGUCUGGAGUAUGAAUUAGCUGUAGCAAGGAAAGAAGUUGGUAUAGAACGGUAUUCAUCAGAAGAAAAAUUAGGCGGAGCAAACAAACAAAUAGAACAGCUGCAAGAAACCAUCAGAGCUCUUCAGCAGAAAUUGAAUGAGGCAGAGAAAACAUUUCACAUCAAUAAAUGUCAGUGGGAUGAAAAACAGCGAAGAUUUAUCAAUGAAUUAUCAGAAAAGGAGUUGCUUAUUAGUACCUGUCAUGCUGAAUAUGAAACCCUUUUAAAAGAAAGGAUGAGAUUGGAUGAUAUUUUGAAGGAGACUUUGGAAUGCCAGAAGGAACAGAAGAACGUGAUAGAGUCAGAGAUCAUAAAAGUGGCAGAAGAAGAAUUUAGGUGUCAGGCAGAACAUUGGAAAUCAGAAAGAAAUGAACUCCAAUUUUUGUUGCAGGAAAGCACCAGCACGGUGCAGAAUGUCCACAAAAAAAUACAAGAGCUAGAAAGAGAACAUAAUGGCUGUUCAGAAGCCUUGAGGCGACAGGCCAGCGAACUUCAGUUUGCGGCUGAGCGAGAGACUCGGCUUAGAAAAGAACUUGAGCUAGCUAUGGUCAGAGUAAAAAAACUGGAGGAAAACAUUGAGGCAGAGAGGGCGUCACAUCUGGAAUCCAAAUUUAAUUCUGAAAUAAUUCAGCUACGGAUCCGAGACCUUGAAGGAGCUUUGCAAGUGGAGAAGGCCAGCCAAGCAGAAGCAAUCUCUGACUUGGAAAUGUUCAAAGGCAAAUUUAGAGAGGUGGAAAAUGCCUAUGAAAGAGAGAAGCGUAAUGCUCACGACAGCUUGGAAAAAUUCAGCACAUUACAACGGGAGCAUCUAUCUGCAAACAAACAGCUAAACGAAGAGAUAGAAGAAAAGAAGAAAGUAAUUAAAGACCUCUCUGAGACACUCCAGGAUAAUGAAAAAAGUUACAAAGAAUUACAGGCUGAACUUCUUCUGACCAGGAAACGGCAGGCCUUCCUAGCAGAGACAUGUGAAAACAAUGUGAGAGAGCUGGAGUCACUUCUGGACAGCUUUACUAUGUCAAACCAGUGGACAGCAGGUGCAGAUUUGCAGUGCUUCUCGAUCCUUAACUACAGCGAUGACUGCAUUCACAAGGACAAAGAUAAACCUCCAAGCUUCACUCUUGUCCUUGAGACUUUGAGGUGUACCUUGACAGAUUACCAGAACAAGCAGGAAGAGGCAUCUAAUGAGCUAGAGAAACUGACAGUUCUUUCUGAGAAGAUGGCAAAAGAACUUGAGGCUUCCCAACAUCAGCUAAGAUCUCAAACUCAAGAACUUCAGGUAAAACAUGACAGUCUCACUGAUACCAAGAAGGAGUUAAAUAAUUUGCAAACUAAGUGUGCAGACAGAGAAUCCUUAAUAGCUACAUUAAAAAUGGAACUACAAAAUGUAUUGCAUUGCUUGGAGAAAGAGAAAGCGUGUUGUACAGAAUAUAAAACUGAAAUUCAGAAGCUCACACAGGCUUAUGAGACAGAUACAGAGGAGAAGCUAACUUUCCUCCAUACUUUGUACCAGCACUUGGUAGCAGGCUGCGUUCUUAUAAAGAAAUCAGAAGGCAUCCUGGAUAAAUUCUCUUGGUCGGAGCUUUGCACAGUCUUGCAAGAAAAUGUUGAUACGCUGAUCUUAGACCUCAACAAGGCUAAUGAGAAGGUAUCACACCUUGAAUAUGUUUGUAAAAAUAAGUCAGAUACAAUGAAGGAGAUUCAACAGACCCAAGAAGAGACUUUGAAGAAAUUUGCAGAACAGAUGAAAGCUCAAGAAAGCUGUUGGUUAAAGCAGAAGAAAGACUUGGAACAGCAAUAUUCUGGACUCCUUGGGGAAGUUCAGACCAGGGCCCAGAAAUACCAAGACAUGGCAGAAAAAGCCAAAGACAAGUUCUCUGCUACUGAAAAAGUCCAAGAGCAAUUACUCCUUGAGAAUUCACACCUUAAAGCUUUGUUGACGCAGACUCAGAAAGAACACAGAUCUCUGCUAGCAGCUUGCGCACUGUUGUCAGGGGCACUGUAUCCCCUCUACUGUCGGUCCUGUGCCCUCUCGACCCAGAGAGAUGUUCUUCAGGAUCAGGUCAACACCUGUGACAUGUUCAAGCAUGAAAUCAGGAGACUGGCCAGUGCAUUGUGUGAAACUGAGGAGAGGAAGCAAAGCAAUAGCAAGGUGAAGAAGAAAAGGCAUUCCAGAAGCUGGAUACACCUUUUCCGAAAAAGUGUUAUUGCGGUGCUGGCUGUCCACCGGCUUCAGAUUUUAUGCAGCCAGUCAUGCAGCUCCCUUUUCUCCUGGGUAGAUGGUGUCAGAGAAGGCAUAGGAAUCCCUGUCUGCAUUGGAGAUUCCAAGGAUGUGCAUAAUCUGUCAAGACAACAAAAGGAGCAGAUUCGCUGCCUUCAAGCAUUCACUUGGUUUACCAGUUGUGACCUUCUUACUGCAGUCCUUAGUUCUAUGGCUGAACUACAAGAAGUAAUUAGCAAGGCAGAUACAAACCAACUGUAUUUAGAGACUGGUUCUUUUUCUUUCAAAGAUAUGAAAUCCUGGCUUUCGGGACACUUGCUCACCAACGCAGCCAAAAAUUCAUUUUCAAAACUUAUGGAGAAACUUUGCGUCGUGAUGGAAGUUCCUCCAGCGGACAGCAGCCGGAGUAUGACUUAUGUAGAGAAAGACUCCUUGGUUCAGAGACUGGCUCGUGGGCUCCAUAAAAUAAACGCACAGACCCUCGAAGCUGGCAUAACUGACAGGACCCCUGCUAUGAAAACCAUAGCGUCCUUGCAGAAGCAGAUAUUCGAAUUUACACAAAGGCUGCACACAGCAGAAGUAGAACGGCGGUCAUUGCGCUUGGAGCUCACAGAAUUCAAACGGAAUUUGAAUGAGAUGAAGAAAGAGGCUGACAAAGCUCAUAGUUUGCAAGAGCAAUUAUAUGUGUUUAAGCAAUCUAAAUUGAUCACCCACGAGAGGUUUGAAAGUGCAUGUGAAGAACUAAAUAAUGCAUUACUCCGGGAGCAGCAGGCCCAAAUGCUUUUGAAGGAACAGGCGCAGCAGCUCCAGGAGUUGCAAUUUAAACUGGAAUUGCAUUCUUCGGAAGAGGCAGACAAAAACCAAACUCUCAGUGAUGCCGUAAAGAGUCUCUCCGAGGCAAAGAUGGAGCUGAGAAGAAAAGAUCAAUCUUUGCGUCAGCUCAAUAGACAUCUUACCCAGCUGGAGCAGGACAAGCGUCGGCUGGAAGAGAGCAUCCAUGAUGCAGAGAGUGCCCUCCGCAUGGCAGCCAAAGACAAAGAAUUAAUUGUUAGUCAUAUGAAAUCAGUGGAAUCUAUCUUUCAAAAUGUCAGAGAUCAGAUCUCGCUGUCAUGGACUACAGCAAGCAGGAAUGACUUCGCCCUGCAGCUGCCUAAGCUGCACCUGGAGACCUUUGCAAUGGAAGGGCUGAAAGGCGGGCCAGAGGUUAUAGCAUUCCAGGCGAUGAUUAUAAGCUUCAUAGAUGUCUAUCAGUUUGCAUGCUCCAGAGUCUCUGCAUUAGAACGAGAAAUAACAUCCCAUCGGCAUCACAUUGCAACUCUGAAAUCAGAACUCCAAACAGCUUGUCUUCGUGAAAAUGAAAGCUUACACUCAGAUUCACGAAACGCUUCAAGCAUCCUUACUGUGUCGAGCUCUUUACCCCAGCUAGAUCAAGGCUGUCUUCCAGGGUUUUUGCCACUGAAGUCCGAAUCAGAUUAUGAUCUGCCUUUUACCUUGGCACACAAUAGACCUCCAAUUUCAUCAUCCUUUCCUUCAAACCUACAUGUCAUGCCUGCCAAAAGAGCAAUGCCAAAUGGAUGCUAGAAUCUAGUCAUUUUGUAAGCAGCUGGAAGAGAAUUAAUUAAAGUCCGAUUUUAUUAGGAUGUUUUUAGCCUUUGAAUUGAAGUUUGCUCUCUAUGCAUUUCUGUGGCGUUAAUUUUACAUUCUUCGCGGGAGGAAGGAGGGGGCCACGUUCAUACAUGCCGCACAUCCCAUGCCUAGCAUAGUAGAAGGGUCAUUUUUUUUAAAAAAAACCAAAACUUUUAUUUACCGUGGUAGCUCAUUUUUAUGUAAUAUAUUUUUAAAUGUUAAAGAAUGACACAUUUGGGGUAAUUUUCCUCAGACUUUUAAAAAAAAAAUCAAUAAGCCAUUUUAUUCUCUAUCUAUCAAAGUUGUUUCAUACUUGUCUAUUUUAAAACAGGGCUGCAAUACUUUAAUAGGAUUGAGAGAGCUAUUUGAAAUGUAUGCCAAUGAUUCCUGUCAUUUCAUGGCAGCCCUGCCAUGGUUCACUGAGCCCUCUCUUCUCUCUUGUCAGCUCAACUGAAGACAAGCAUUUAGUUGCAAACUUUAAGCAGGUUGUGCAAAACAGAAAUGAUGUGACUGCUUCUCCUCCUGCACAAUUAUGUCACUCCUGGUCAAUGUGAGAAGGUCAGGUUGCGCCUUGUAAAGCUACAUGAUACCACUUGCCCAUUUGAACAAGUUAAGUGCAGACUCCGGUCCCUAACGGCCCCUUUUUUUAUCAAGUCGGCAUUUGAUCAGGAAGUAGAAACAAUGGUGUGUAGGGAGAUUUGGAGAGGAUGUGUGCUUUCAUAAGGGCAGUUCUCAAGCCAGCAUCACAGGUAAUAAAUUUAGUCCGAGUUUCAAGACUUUAAAGUAAUGGCUGCUCUGACCUUCAAAAUAAGCUCCUUUCUUUGUUGUUGUUGUUGUUGGUAGGACCCAAGAGUGACGCCCAUCUUUGAUGCUGACAGAAUUUAAAACAAGGCCAUUGCCCUGCAUUUUCUGCCUUGUAGCACACAAAAGUAAAAUUGUAUGUCAGGCCAAGAUGUCGGGGAGCUGACAAGAUGCCCCAGUGACAUUUCAGCUGGAAAGAGCAAGUGUCUUGCAACCAAGUGGUCAAAUAUCAAAUAAUAGGUCAAGCAGGAAGGAGCUGAGUUCUAACCACAAAGAGGUUUCUGGUAACUUACUUGACAAGCUUUUGGGCGCUUUGUGGCUUGACAAAGUGAUAUUCUGUUGGGUAUCGCUAGACAGUCUGUUCUUUAUUGCCUUCAGAAGAUCAGACAUUGACAUUGAUUAAACUCUUUAACCCUUAAAGGUUAAAUUCUGGCUGUAUGCAUCAUUGUGAGGAAAGAACAAAAGAAAUUUUGUAAUAUAUACCAUUUGUUAUGGUAUUAAUCACCCCAACUCCCCAGCGCCAUUAACAUUUGAUGUGUGAUGUAGUUUUUGACAGGGUUAUUGAAUGCAAAAUCUAUACGUUAGAUUGCUUCUCAUUAUAGAUCAGAGAUACAUUAGAAAAAUAACAUUGUGCUUGGUGGAAUUUGUAAUUUCUCAUGCUUUGAUAAGAGUAGGGUUUGAUUCCGUAAACCUGACUGCUAACAUUUGUCUUUGUCCUAUCAUCCCAGAAGACAAUAAAUUUGCAUAUGUUAUACACCUACCAUUAUCAGUAAAAUCAUGUAAAUUCCUGACUGGUAAUUCCAAAGCCACUCGGCAGAACUUUGAAAUUUUUCAAGUAUUUCUUAUUUUAAGAUUUCAAGAGGGUUUUCAUACCUGCAGUUGCAACUGUAUUCAUUUAAAAAAUGAGCAAAUAAUUUUCUUUAAAAGGUCUCUCUUCAUAGCAUGUUAUCUUUGGUCUAUUUAAGGCAAUAUCCCCCACCCCCCGACUAUUUCUACCAAGAGAAAAACCGGAAAAAGUAACAUGCGUUAUUCCAAUCAGAGAUUGCUUAUCUUUUCCAUAUGGAAUUUUAGCAUGCUUUGUUUUGUGCUGUUUUUCAUUGUUUUAAUUACAGUACAUACUUAGCCUUUUUAAAAAAAAAAAGAGGUAUAAGAUGGAAGUUGAUAAGAUUUGCUUAUCAGCUGUAUAAUAAGACACAGUUUGAGAUUAAAAUAAACAUAAUAAUUUAAACAUUAUUGGUUUUUGGAGAAUUGGAACAGAUCUUAUUUGCCUUUUUUACAGAGCACUGGAAAUUCAUAAGGAGUAUAUAGAUAGAUAUACCUUUUACAAGCAACAAGUCUUAAUAUUUUUAAACAGAGAGUUUACAAAGCAAGGUGAUCACAGCUAAUAUACUUUGGAAGUAGUUACAGCUACAUCACAGAACAGAUACGAGAGCAGCAAUCUUAAAUCUUUUUAUUGCAGCAUUUCCCACGGAAACAAUAUAUACUCGAGUAAAAUUUGUUCCCAUUGCUUUAUUCCCUGCUGCUCACAGCAAUGCUUUGUACCAAAUUAGGAUUUGCACAGUUCUGCUUAUAUUUGCUAUUUAUACAAAAUACAUCUAUACUCAUGAAUUCAUAUAUAAAAUUCUCUCUCCCAAUAUUUUUCCUUUUUUCUGAUCUCAGCAUUCUGAUCAAUAUUCAGGAGGGUGUGUGUGUGUGUGUAGAUGUCAAGCUUUAUUAGCUCCACAUUUAGAAAUCUAAUUAUUAUAACUGCACCUAAUGUAAUGAAAUCAUGAUUCUAUCAUCAAAUUUUUUUUAAUCCAUGACAUGCUUAGUUGUUUAUACGGUCAUUGAUGAUACUCAGAACUUAUCAACCCUGUGAUUAGAAAACACACGUAAAAUUAUUAAAUGAAUUCACCACUAAAUUUUAGUACACACAGAAAUAUUCAACCAGGUAAAGGCAUCAGGUCCACAGAAUCUUGACAGUUUGGUCAAAAUAGCAACACAAGUGUCACAACAGCAUGACACAAGCCCUACAGCUUUGCCACUAUGAUGUCAGGGGCGUGUGCAAAAGUGGCAGAGCCUACAGCGUGACACUUAUGUUGUCCAUUCCCUCACACGCAUACUCUCUCCAUGCCUUGAUGAAUAUAUUGUAUAUAUACAUAUGUAUGUAAAUAUUUAGUUCUUAACAACUGUGGCAAGAAAGGUCAUAAAACGGGGCAAAUUCACUUAAUAGAUGUCUCACAUCGCAACAGAAAUGUUGGGCUCAAUUGUAGUCAUAAGUGGAGGACUACUUGUACUUACUUGAUCAUACCAGUAAAGAUAUAUAAAACUGUACUGCAGUGGUAGUCAACCUGGUCCCUAUCGCCCACUAGUGGGCGUUCCAGCUUUUAUGGUGGGCGGUAGGGGUUUUGUCCGAUACUGAAGCACUUUCGUUUUUUUUAAUUUAAUUGACUUUUAAAAAAAAUUUCAUAGCAUUAUUUAAAAAUAUUUUCAUUAGGUUUUCAUAAAAUUCCCCGCGACAGUUUAAAUUUCUGAAAAUAUACUAUUUGUAUCACCCACCAUAAGUUUAGUUCACGUUAUGUAAGUGAAACUAAAUGGCGUUAUAGUGUGACCGCAAACAAAAGAGCCUCGUCCCAGAAUAGCUUGCACAUCUCCCCCCACACCACCCAGCUGUAACAGAGAAGCAGAGCUGGUAGCUGGCGCCCCCCCAAACCUAAUCCAUGAUGCGCGAGAGGCAUGCGCAGACGAUACACAGUGCAUUAUUGUGGAACUGGUGGGCGGUUAGAAAAUUUUACUACUAACAGAGAUACAAAAGUGGGCGGUAGGUAUAAAAAGGUUGACUACCCCUGCUGUACUGUAUCCCUUCAAGAAGUUUAACAUGUAUUUUUUUUUACAUGCAGGCUAUAACUUAUAUAUAAUGAAAGAUUGCAUGAAAAGACUUUUCAUAGGAUUGGGCAAAUUCUUAUACAGAAAAAGAUUUGCUAGAAUUUCUCAAUAGAAAUUAGAAUUGAAAUCCCACAUGCCAUUGAUUCGUUUUUCGAACUGGCACUUAACGUGCUCCACCCAAGCUAGCCCAGUUAAGUUUGAAUAAUUAUUGAAAUUGGAUAAGAACCAUAUCCAAUGUCUUAUGCUCAUUCUAUAUCCAGUUUAUCUGCUUACUAGAAAACAUGAAACAGAAGAUGUUUGUGAAGCCUUCUCAGCCACUGUUUCCAUAAAAUCUGUUAAUAUCAUGGAUCUAUUUUACAUCAACUGACAUGACCCAAAUGGCAUCAUUGUAAUAAGGUUAUAUUUUCUAGAAUUUAGUUGACAAUAACUUCUCCACCCAUUUAUUUAAUUUUUAGGUUUGGGCUACAUAAGAUUUUAACCUAAGAGGCUUUGCAUUUCGAGGAGCUUUCUACUGAAUGCACACAAUAAAGAAACCAUUAUUAUUGUAUGUUCCAAUGUGACAGAGUAUAAAUACCAUGUGAAUUGUAAAUUUGGGGGCUGAUGAAAGAAAGAAAGCAGAAUGGAAGAGCAUUUUAAGGAAGUAGAUUUGACCAUAUUAUCCCUCUAUCCAUCUUAGCAAUGCAGUUGGUUGGAUGUAGCACAAAAGUAGGCUUGAAAUAAAGU